AGGGAAUUCGGCUCAAGCCUUCUUCGACCGAAAAUCUUGGCCCAAUUCCAUUGUAAGAUCCGCUGAGUAGCAUUCGUCGAGUCCACCUCACACAGCUCAGGAUCGAGAUGCACAUCUCUGUGAUCUCUUGCAGUGGUCGGGAGCUCGUGGCUUUGGACGCAGACCCGAGCUGGCGUCUUCACGACGUCCUUGCAGCAUUGCCAGAACACAGUCCGGCACCCGAUUACAAGAUGCGGAUUUUCUUGGGAACAGUGGAGUUGUGCGGAAAUCUGACCCUGGCCGGGAUUGGCGCAGAAAACGGCAGAGAUUUGACCCUUGUUCUAACCCCUAUGCCACGCGUAGUUUCUGGGUGUGCUGAUGGUUCAGUGAAGAUUUGGUCAAGUGCGUCUGGAGAAUGCCUGCACACCCUGACAGGCCACAAAUAUUGGGUGUGGUCUGCUGUUUUCUCACCCUGCGGAAAGAAAGUGCUCACUGCGUCGGACGACGGUACAGUCAAAAUCUGGUCCGUGGUGUUGUGGGAGUGCCUCCGCACGUUGCAGGUGCAGCGGAGGGUAGGGUCUGCCGCAUUUUCACCAGAUGGGCAGAAGGUGCUAACAAUCUCGUGCGAUGGUAUUGGACAGGUCUGGUCCGCUGCUACGGGGGAGUGUCUGUGCACGCUAGAGAGCCAAGUACGAUCAUGCACUUUCUCGCCUGAUGGACAGCAGGUGCUCGCCUGUUCUGGCAGCAGUGCAGUGAAAUUGUGGCACACCACCUCUGGGAAGCACCACUGGACAUUGGAGGGCCACCGCGACGAAGUACUGUCUGCGGUGUUCUCGCGUGACGGCGGUGACCUGCUCACCGCGUCGGGCGACGGCACGGCAAGGAUUUGGUCCACCGCUUCGCGGGAGUGUUUACGCACGUUCCAGGGCCACCAGGAUGGGGUGCGGUCCGCCGUGUUCUCUCCCGACGAGCUGGAGGUCUUGACCGCAUCCCACGAUCUCACAGCGAAGAUCUGGUCUGUUGCCUCCGGGGCGUGCCUGCACACGCUGCGGGGUCACAGGUCCGGGCUGAGGUCUGCCGCCUUCUCCCCCGACGGGCAACAUGUGAUCACAGCUUCGGGCGAUGGCGCUGCAAGGGUCUGGUCUAGCACCAGCGGGCAGUGCCUGCGCACGCUGCAGGGGCACAAGUACGGGGCCCGGUCCGCAUCCUUCUCGCCGAGCGGUCAGGAAGUACUGACCGUCUCUGGCGACGGCACUGCGAAGGUAUGGGCCGUGGCUUCUGGGGAGUGCCUGGGGACGAUGGAGGCGGGAGUUGUGUCAGGUGGGAAAGCAUAUCAAGGCUUACGCAAGCACUCGAGCACACGCGGCAUGUAACAUACCGCAUGUAACGCGCGCACAUUACGUCGACAUUGCGCCGGCUUGGAGCGUAGCAGCUCACAAAACACAGUACGAAUCCAGUACGCGAUGCACUUCGGCAGCAUGUCGUGGCUUCGAUGUUCUAGCAUGGCGUCUGCAGAUAGAGUGGUGCUGACGCACCCGUCCUCUGUCUUCCUCAUCCUCUCUCUCCUCCCUCCUCCUGCUCCCCCUCCUCGUCCUCCUCCACCUC